AUGAUUAUCUUAGUAAAUGUGGAUGCUAUUAUUCUUAUUGGUACUUCAGAUUCCUUACUCACUUCUUUUAUCUCAUCUCCCAAGACUGAGUCUUCCAUGAAAGACCUUGGAUCAUUACACUAUUUUCUAGGUAUUGAAGCUACUUUUGAUACUUCAGCCUCUAAAUUACUCCUUACUCAGAACAAAUAUUCUCUGGAUCUACUUAGAAAACAUGACCUACUAGGUUGUAAACCAUGCGAAACUCCAGUGGCAUGUGGUCCAAGAGUUUCAGCCUAUGAUGGAAUGUUAUUGAAGGAUGCAGCAGCUUAUAGAAGUUUAGUAGGUGGCUUUCAAUAUUUGACACUUACCAGACCAGACAUCAGUUAUGCUGUCAACUAUGUUAGUCAAUUCAUGCAUUUCCCUACUGAAACUCAUCUACAGCUUGCAAAACGCAUUCUCAGGUAUACUAAGGGGUCUCUUGGUCAGGGUAUUACUCUCAGUAGUACUGGCAAUUUCUCUGAACUUGUUGCUUACUGUGAUAGUGAUUGGUCAGGACGCCCUGACACCAGAAAAUCUACUUCAGGUUAUUGUGUCUUUGUUGGGGGAAAUUUAGUUUCCUGGUCUUCCAAAAAGCAGCAUACUAUAUCUCGUUCCUCUACAGAAGCUGAGUAUUGGGGACUGGCCAAUGUAGCAACUGAAAUAUUAUGGCUCUCUUACUUGUUUGAAGAACUGUUUGUCUACUUGUUUAUUCCUUGCAAGUUAUACUGUGACAAUAUGGGUGCUGGCAGCUUAACAGAAAAUCCAAUUUUCCAUGCUCGCACCAAACAUAUUGAGGUGGAUUAUCAUAUGAUUCGAGAUUUAGUCAAAUCUGAUUUUCUUAAGGUUUCUUAUAUUCACACUCUCAGUCAGAUUGCUGAUUUAUUUACGAAAGGACUGUUGAAGUCUCAGUUUAGUUUACUGAAGAACAAACUGAUGCCUGCUGUACCUUCCUCAGUUUGA